AUGCUGCUUCAGACUCGUCGUCAGAUGGCGGAGUUGGUAGUGGUGGUCCCCUUCUGGGGGACUCAGGCCUGGUACCCGAUGCUCCUGGAACUCCUGGUGGAUUUCUCGGGUCCAGUUCCAGUUCCAGUUCCGGUUCCAGUUCCGGUUCAUGUUACGGUUGCAUCUGUGCUGCGCUGUCUUGACUGCGCACGAUGUGACCUGACGCUGCAGCCGAGAAGUGCGGGCCCAGAGCAGAUUAGAGAGCGACAAAUGCAGCAAGAGAACAGCUGGACCAGGAAAGGUGUGGCGGAGCAGGAGAGGUCAUCUGUCCUCUUGCAUCACGUGACGGAAGGGGAGCAGGUCACCGCUGAGGCCUCUGAUUUGCUGCAGCAGCAAUGUGUCCCUCUGUCGACGGAUGUUGAUCUCAGCAUGGCAGGGAGAGAAAGAGCUGGCCUGGGAGUGUUAGACACUGAACCCAGCGGCGGGGACCAGAUGAAGAAGAUUAUGAAGAGAGGCUCUUCAGAGGAAGGACUUCAAAUCCUCCUCGCUACUGCUGCUGCUGAACUCCAUCAGAUGUUUUUCCUGCCUUCUGUAGUCUUGCAGCUGAGCGGCUGCUCCUGCCAUCAUAAAAGGAUCGAGCACCUCCUUCUGCAAAGGGGCUGGAAGGCCCUGGAAGAGGCUCCGGCUUCCGGUAGUCUAGAAAUCGUGUCUGUUUCAGAAGAUGAGCUACCAGUGGUGGACAUCGCCUUCUCUUACUUUAGAUUUUUCCUAGCAAAAACAAAAGUGGAUCCGGGAGAAAACAGAUCGGAGACCAGAGAAAGUGAUGGAUCCUCCAAGUGCCAUCCCGUCAUCCCCAUGAAAUAUGUCAUCCUCCUCCUCCUCGCCGUCCUGGCUAUCGCCCUGGUGAUUGCUACCGGCCUGAUUGUUCACUACACAUGUCCUGGGAAGAUCCGCUGCCAAUCCUCUUCCAAAUGUAUCCUAAAGUCCAAACGGUGCGACGGAGUCUACGACUGUCCAGACGGAGAUGAUGAACUCAGAUGUGUGCGGCUUAGCGGCCGGAUCGGCAUCCUGCAGGCGUAUACCGCCGGCUCCUGGAAAACCGUCUGCUCUGAUGGAUGGAAAAGCUUGUAUGGGAAUUUGACAUGUAAGCAAUUAGGGUUUUCAAGUUUUGUGAGCAUCGACUCUGUGGCACUGACCGCGGUGGAAGAACGGUUUAGACGAGAGUUUGUGUCCAUCACAAAAUCUUCAAAUCCUGACAUGCGGGAAACACUACUACAGCAGAUUUUACAGGGAAGUGAAUUCUGCUCCUCGGGAAAUGUCACUACAGUAAAGUGUGUGGUUUGUGGAAAUCGACCCAGUUAUUCUUCAUCCGCACGGAUCGUGGGAGGGAACAUAUCUGCAGAGGGACAGUGGCCUUGGCAAGCCAGUCUGACGUUCCAGGGCAUACACCUGUGCGGAGGCUCGCUCAUCAGUCCCCAGUGGAUAGUUACUGCCGCUCACUGUGUAUAUGACUUGUAUUUUCCAGAAUCAUGGAGCGUGCAGGUCGGGCUGGUGAACCAACCUCUGGAACCUCCGACUAAUUCGGUUUUGGUUGAAAAGAUCAUAUACCACAGCAAAUACAAAUCAAGCUCCAUGGCCAAUGAUAUCGCCCUCCUGAAGCUGGCCACACCCUUUACCUUCAAUGGCUUAAUACAACCAAUCUGCCUUCCAAAUUAUGGAGAGGAUUUCCCGGAGGGUAAAAUCUGCUGGAUAUCAGGAUGGGGAGCCACGGAGGAAGGAGGGGACACAUCUCAGACAAUGGACUAUGCUGGGGUCCCACUCAUAUCAAACAGAGUCUGUAAUAAAAAAUAUAUCUAUGGUGGAGUCAUAAAGCCAUCAAUGCUCUGUGCCGGCUUUCUGGAAGGUGGGGUGGAUACCUGUCAGGGGGACAGUGGGGGUCCCUUAGCCUGUGAAGAUAAGAAACUGUGGAAACUGAUGGGAACCACUAGCUGGGGUGUCGGCUGUGCGCUGAGGUAUAAGCCAGGAGUGUACACCCGAAUAACGUCUUUCCUGGACUGGAUCCACGUGCAGAUGGAGAUAGAAGUGCGGAGAAUGAACUGAAGAUAUUCACCGACCUACUGUAUUGUCUUAUGUUUACAAUCAAUGGACUUGAGAGAA